AAAAAAGGAAGACGCGAUAAGGCUGUCUCCACAAGUGUGCACACAGUGAGAAAUGGAAAAAUAUGAGAAAAUAAAAGUGGUGGGAAGAGGAGCUUUUGGAAUUGUUCACCUGUGCCGCAGACACAGCGAUGGGGCCCUGGUGAUUCUGAAGGAGAUCCCGGUGGAGCAGAUGACCCGAGAUGAGCGUCUCUCUGCACAGAACGAAUGCCAGGUGCUGAAGCUGCUCAAUCACCCCAACAUCAUCGAGUACUACGAGAACUUCCUGGAGGACAAGGCCCUCAUGAUCGCUAUGGAGUAUGCGCCAGGUGGGACCUUGGCUGACUACAUCCAGAAGCGCUGUAACUCCCUGCUGGAUGAGGACACCAUCAUGCACUUCUUUGUGCAGAUCCUCCUGGCGCUUUACCACGUACAUAACAAGCUCAUCCUGCACCGGGACCUCAAGACACAAAACAUCCUGCUGGACAAACACCAGAUGAUCGUCAAGAUUGGAGACUUUGGCAUUUCCAAGAUCCUUGUCAGCAAGAGUAAAGCCUACACUGUCGUGGGGACUCCGUGCUACAUCUCCCCUGAGCUGUGUGAGGGAAAACCCUACAACCAGAAGAGUGAUAUCUGGGCUCUGGGCUGUGUGUUGUAUGAAUUAGCCAGCCUAAAGAGAGCUUUUGAAGCAGCGAACCUUCCUGCCCUGGUUCUGAAGAUCAUGAGCGGUACUUUCGCUCCGAUCUCGGACCGGUACAGCCCACAGCUCAGGCAGCUGAUUUUGAAUAUGCUGAAUCUGGACCCAUCCAAUCGGCCGCAGCUGAGCGAGAUCAUGGCCCAGCCCAUCUGCAUUCGGCCUCUGCUCAACCUCUGCACCGACAUCGGCAACGUCAAGAUGCGCAGGAUCGAGAAGCCUCUGUCGACGGUGCAGGCGGGUGCUCAUGGGAGACCGGGAGCUCGAAUGCCCACCAGCAGAUCCAGAGAUGGGAUGCUGGGUUUAGGCACAGGAACUAUGGGACAUCCUCUCCCCCUGUCGUCUGUCUACACCUGGGGAAGUGGCAUCUCUGCACCCCUCCGCCUGCCCAUGCUCAACACCCAGGUGCUGCAGGUGUCUCUGGGCCGGACACAGAAAAUGGGCGUCACCAAAUCCGGCCGCCUCAUCACCUGGGAGGCCCCCUCCGUGGGGUGCGGAGAGCCCUCUCUUCCUGGGACAGUGGAGCACAUGCAGCCACAGUUCAUCUCCCGCUUCCUGGAGGGGCAGUCUGGUGUUACCAUCAAAUCAGUGUCCUGUGGGGACCUCUUCACCACCUGUAUGACAGACAGAGGCAUUAUAAUGACAUUUGGGAGUGGAAGCAAUGGCUGCCUUGGACACGGAAACUUUAAUGAUGUUACCCAGCCGAAGAUUGUGGAGGCGUUGCUGGGAUAUGAGCUGGUCCAGGUGUCCUGCGGGGCGUCACAUGUCCUGGCCGUGACCAAUGAGAGGGAGGUGUUCGCCUGGGGCAGAGGGGAUAACGGUCGUCUGGGUCUGGGCAGCCAGGACCCGCACAACUCCCCGCAGCAGGUGUGUGUGCCGGCGGAGUUUGAGGCCCAGCGCGUGCUGUGCGGGGUGGACUGCUCCCUGAUCAUCAGCACACAGCGCAGCAUCCUGGCCUGUGGCAGCAACAGAUUUAAUAAGCUAGGUCUGGACAAGAUUGAUGGUACAGAGGAGCCGUCCAGCUCCAAUCAGGUGGAAGAGGUGACCACCUUCAGCCCAGUCCGGUCAGCGCCACUGAAUGUGGAGAAGAUCGUUUACAUUGACAUUGGAACCUCCCACUCUGCUGGAGUGACAGAGAAGGGCCAGUGCUUCACCUUCGGGAGUAACCAGCAUGGCCAGCUGGGCUGCAGCCCCCGUAGGGCCAGCCGGGUGCCCUACCCCGUGCCAGGGCUGCAGGGCAUCGUCAUGGCCGCGUGCGGGGAUGCCUUCACGUUGGCCAUCAGCGCAGAGGGUGAGGUGUACACCUGGGGGAAAGGGGCCCGUGGCAGGCUGGGAAGGAAAGAGGAGGAUUCUGGGAUACCAAAGGCAGUGCAGCUGGAGGAAAGGCAUCCUUACACUGUUAUGUCUGUGGCCUGUUGUCAUGGAAACACCCUCCUGGCCGUGAAACCUUUUAUAGAGGAGUCGGUUGCCAGGUGAUCCUCCAUGCCACCAGCCCGAGCAGUCAGAGGAAAAGGACUGAGACAAGAGACGAGAUGGAUUCCUGUGAAGUUCCUCUAGGUACCUGUGUGUUGUUGGGCUAUAGAGGACAUACACAGUGAUUGACUGCCAUGCUGUCUGUCUGCCUUUGACAUCUCCAAAAUUUGGCAGAACAAAUCUCGAAUACAUAAUCACAGACGACGUGGACCUGCUCAGCCCAUGCAAAAGCAGAAGACUGUGUCUCGUUCCCCGCCAUGGAACUUUCCGGACUGUGUUUCCAUCUCUGUCUGUAUCAACACUAAAAAAACACAAUGACUGUCCACACACCUUUUUAACAAGGACAAGGAUACCCACUGCAAAUCCACCCCUUUUCAUGGUCUUUCUUCUAAUUUAUUCAAAGUCAAUAUUGCAGUUACCUUAAUCACAUCAAUUUUUAUUUCAGCAGCUGGGUGACGUUGAAUGGAAAACUCAAGUAGCCUGUGGAAGGCUAUUUUGUAUCAUAUCUUAGGUUAGAAAUACUGAUAAUAUAAAUAUCACAGUGACUUAUGUAACAUACAAGUAUAGGUACAAAUGCUAAGUAUGAUUUAACUCCACAAUAUGUAUUAAUAAUAUUAAAUCUAAAUAAUGAAAUUGUCUCUGUAGCCCCACAGAAAAACAUGAAUAGGGUAUAUACAGUCUAACACUAGCCAGAUAAACAAAUCUCCUGCAUCUUUGACUUACACUCAGUGAGCACUUUAUUAUGUAGACCUGUACACCAGCUUUAAUCAAGUAAAUGCAUAAAAUCACGCAGACGUGGUCAAGAGACCAAAUGUGAGAAUGGGGAAGAAAUCUGAUCGGAGUAACUUUGACCAUGAAAUGAUUGUUGGUGCCAGACAGGGUGGUUUUAGUAUCUGAGAAACUGCUAAAAUUCCUGUGAUUUUCACGCACAACAGUGUCUAGAGUUUGCAGAGAAUGGUGCGAAAAACGAAAACAUACAGUGAGCAGUGAGCAGCGGGUAGAAACAUGAACACACAACAGGUAAAAACAGAAGACUUUAAGUCUAAAAAAUAAGUAUUAAAUACCUAAUAAAAUGCUGAGCCUGAGUGUGUAUGCAAUAAAACAUACAAAUGAUCUCUCAUUUUCACUCAUACUCAAAUAUAAUAUUUUUUUUCUAAUAUAGUAAAAUAUGCUCCUGCCAACUAGUGGGAUCAUUAGGUAAAGAUUCAUUUGUCAUUAAUUAUCAGACUGUCAGCCCUCGGCUAUCACUUUUGUAAAUAUGUGUGCAAAACUCAGUCUUUCUACUUUUAUAUUUUAUCUCAAAUUUGUAAAACCUCAGAUAUACAAACCCCAUGGCUAUGGACAGGCUAAUCAGUUGAGCAACUUGUAAAAUUGGACAAAGCAUACGAGAUCUCUACUGUCUCUACACAGUGACACUAUCCACUGUGAGUGAAUGUGGUUCCAUGUGCAAACUAUUUGUGUACACACUCACACACUCACUCACUCAUUCACGUUCAGCAGGCUCAACAUUCUCCAUAAAGGGGAGCAAGUAACAGGCAAAGUAUGGUUGAUGAUGCGUAAGAGUGGUGCUUUGCAAGAAUGACACUGUGUCCUUGUUUAAAACUAUCCUUGUGUGUAAACGUUAUUGUAUAUGAAUGAAUGUUAAAUAAAACAUGUCUCCCUAACAUUAA